AACAAAAUCAAAAUCUUUUGAGAGAGAGAGAGAGAGAAGGGGUUAGAGAGAGAAAGCUCGGCCAUGGCGGCUCUCCUCCCCUCUCCGCAAAUCCCAAACGAAGAGGAAACCUCCUCUUCUCUUGCGACCUCGUCUCUCCUCUCUCGAGAAGAAGUCCUCCGCCGUCGAUCUCAUCGAUCAAAGGCCCUCUACAAGCGCUACAGAUCUCUGUACUGGGUGAUGAUGGAGGAAAUUAGGGCUAAGCAUCGAAAAUACUUAUGGGACAACGGGAGCAGUCCCUUGGAGAAAGAGAAUGGAGAUGACGAUGGACGGGAUAACGAGGGUUUAGGGGAGGCUGGCGACGAAACUAGGGUUAGGGUUCGGAGUAAAUGUGCUUGUGGGGGGUGUAAAAUGAAGGCGAUGCCGUUGACGAGGUUCUGCCAUCAACAUAUUUUGACCGAUCCUGAUCAGACGCUGUAUAAAAGAUGCGUUUUUGUUACCAAGAGAUUUUCUUUUAUCUUGAUGUCUAUGGUUUUCAGUAGUGGGCAAAAUGGGCCAUGUGGCAAGCCAAUUCUUCGAGCAGUAGUGCCCUCUCUCUGUCAUGCACACUCUCAGAGAAUUCAGAAGAACGUCUCACAAUCUUUGAAAAAGUUUGGAGUUAACUUAUGCUCUUCAAGCAGGCCUACAUCCAAAUUUAGUGCUAUUCUCAUUGAAUACAUCCACAAUAUUCAAGCGGAGAGGAGGAAAUCCUUAACUAAAAGAUCAAAAGUUUUGAAUUCCAGUGUUGACAGCAUGAUAGACGAGAAGAAUAAUGUGGAUUGAAAUCUCUUGUACUUAUCAAGAAUUGGCACUUCCAGCUUUUGCAUCUGGAUUUCUAGUCUGUUUGUUGACUCAUUUUGGUCUUUAUGACGGGUGCUUAGCUGAUAGGUAUCCUCCGAGUAAGAAAUGUUAUACCAGGAGCUCAUGAGACUGGCUGUAAUGUGAAGAUUUUAGCAAGUUCAGCUGAUUAUUUGGCUGAGGACUAUUUUUGAAUUAGAGUAACAUCUUCCUCAAUUGCAUGUUCAAAGCCAUGCUUCCUCAGCCUCUAGCAUUAAAGGCUGAAGAGCACGAAGCUCUGUCAAGGUUCAAGGGCAUAUGUUGCCAUUCUCAAGAUCGUCUCUUGAAAUAAUGCUUCGAACAUAACUCGUUUAUGUUUCAUCCUAUUGUUGCUGGUAUUAUCUCUGCAACUACACGACAGAAAGCAGUUAAUGGCCACAGUUGAGAACAUAUACCUGAGCUUAUACAGGGGUGGAACUUUUGUUGUGGCUUAGAUAUGGCAUAAGUCAUAGGUGACAUGGGUCACCAUGAGGUUUAGCAGGACGGGGGCUGGAUGGAAUGUAGGAUAUUUUCCAUGUCUCGCUGUUGUGCAAGUUCUUGCAGGAUGAAGACUAUCAGAAUUGCAGAGUUGGCUUCUUGCAAGUGAUAAUUUUGAUGAGCCCUAUGGUACUGCAAUAUCAAAUUUCAAAAUGUGAAGACUUUUCAUGUUGCAGUUUCUGAGCAGAGGGAAAGUGUUGUUGUAAAUAUGGAGGACAUACCUCCAUCCUAUAGAGGAGGAAGCCCUGA